CUACCAUCGAGUAGUUUGACCAACAGUUUGGCUGUAACAGGACACUGAUGGAGAGAACUGGGUAUAUCUUUCUCUUCGAUUGGCAAAAAGCUCACCAUACCGUAAUCUACUUCUCCAUUUUGAAGCUCCACCGCUGAUUCAGGUCACGUUGUGAUACCCGUAGUAAUGAGGGGUAAAUAAGUAUCGUUCGUUGACCUGAUUUCAAUCCAAUCCCCUUUGUGCCCACAGAUUCCUUUCCAACCCCCACUCCUCUUUAAAUGAAACCAAUUCAAAUGACCAUGUAAACCUUCCAUCAUGACAACUUCACCCAACACCACCACCCAAUACACCUCAGAACAAUUCGUCGAAAGCUGCGGAGCUAUCCUGUUCGACCUAUCCGCCCAAAACAAGACUGUAUGCCUUAUCCACUACCACGCAAAAAACGAAUGGCUUCUUGCCAAGGGACGUCGCAACUGUGGUGAAUCUCGACACGAGGCGGCACUACGCGAAGUCCGCGAAGAGACUGGCUCUCAAGCCCACCUCUAUCCUGUAACGAUGCAUACUCGUGCGCCUCCAAUGGACGAACAGGGACAUAUGCCAGACAAACCUCGCUGUUACUCGAAUCUCACCGAGCCCUUCAUGGUUACCAUGAGGCAGUUAGGUGGUGCUGGUGUUAAUGAUGUCAAGAUUAUAUGGUGGUAUAUUGCUGCUCUGGAUGAAGGGGUGGUUGCUAGAUCUGCUGGUCAGGCGGAGGAGGGGUUUACUCCUAAAUUCUUUCCGUUGAAUGAGGCAGUAAAGAGGCUCAGCUUCGACAGUGAUCGGAUUGUCCUUCAGAAGGCGAUUGAAUUAGUGGAAGCUCAUUGAACCAGUUCGUUACUUUGUUUGAAUACUUUGGGUGGGAGUUGAGUUGAUGCGAUGGGGUGGAUGACACGCGGUUCAGAACAUUUACUAGAGUUAAGUAACUAGUUACAUGAGGCAUUCUAAAGGCUACCAAUAGAAUUACUUCGUUUAGACAUUUGCCUA